UGGAUCUAUCCGCUUAACCACCCGAAGCGCGACUACCAGUUCAAUAUCGUAAAGCAUUGUUUCUUCGAGAACACACUUGUGGCAUUACCAACCGGACUAGGGAAGACGUUCAUCGCCGGCGUUGUCAUGUUGAACUUUUUUCACUGGUUCCCAGAUGGUAAAGUUAUCUUUCUUGCGCCAACGAAGCCCCUGGUCGCGCAACAAAUAGAUGCCAGCCACAAGUCAUGUGGCAUACCAGGUAGUCACGCUGCCGAGCUCACAGGCGAGACGUCUCGAGCGAAGCGACUAAAUGCUUAUACGAGCAAGCGAGUGUUCUACAUGACGCCGCAAACACUGCUGAGCGAUCUGAUCUCCGAGACUUGCAACCCGCUAGAUAUCAUCCUGAUUGUAAUCGACGAGGCACAUAAAGGUUCGGGCGAGCACGCCUACACUCAAGUCAUCCGAUGCAUGAUGGCGAAGAACCCACACUUCCGUGUCCUUGCAUUGACGGCCACGCCUGGCGGCACACCCGAGGCCACGCAGGGAAUCGUGGAUUGCUUGCAUAUCAGCCACAUCGAGGCUCGAGACGAGGAGAGCCUUGACAUCCGCAACUACGUCCACAAGAAGGAAAUUACCAAGCACCUCAUCCCGAUGAGUGGUGAUAUCCUCAAGCUGCGCGAUCUCCUCAUCAAGAUCAUGCAGGUGCGGCUGUGCAACCCCAUAUUAAAAUGGCAAACUUACAUUGCCAUUCAAGCCACUCAUCAAGACUAUUCAGGGUCGCGGCGCAAUGCAUGGCUCCCCCGAUCCAGUUAUGCUGCACUCCUUCAGAACACGAACAUGUGCUGCGGCACCUUGAACAGCUUGCUGUCCGGGGUAGACAAUGAAGCGGUCAACAAGCAAGUAAGCAAGAGCCAGCAAGACUUGCAGAAAGACCGCAACUUUCAGGCUCUCAUCAAGGAGAUUGAGGACCAGAAGAACCGCGGCUUUUCCUUGCACCCCAAGAUGGAGAAGCUGCGCACACUGCUCAUACAGCAUUUCGCGAACCGCAUGAUCGACCAGGAAGACGUCGAGGAUAACGAUCGAGGUCCAAGCGGCGCGGAAGAUUCACGCGUUAUGGUUUUCGCCUCCUACAGAGAUUGUGUAGAUGAACUUGUGGAGAUGCUCAGCAAGGAGUCUCCUCUGGUCCGGGCGACGCGCUUCAUUGGUCAAGCGACUGACAAGCAGGGUAGAUCAGGCCUCGCGCAGCGGGAACAAGUAGAGGUCAUCAAGCGAUUCAAAGCGGGGGAAUUCAACGUCCUCGUAGCGACGUCUAUCGGAGAAGAAGGUCUCGACAUCGGCGAAGUCGAUAUGGUAGUUUGUUAUGAUGCCCAGAAGGCACCGAUUCGCAUGUUGCAACGCGCCGGUCGGACUGGCCGUAAGCGCUGUGGCGUUGUGCACGUCUUACUCGCCGAAGGCCGUGAAGACGGCAAUUGGGAAAAGGCGAAGGAGAAAUACAAGUUUUCCCAGGACUACAUAGUCAACGCUGAAGAGCUCGAGCUCUAUGCCGACGUUGAACGACUCUUGCCUGACCACGUCAAGCCCGAAUGUGUGGAAAGGGUCCUGGAGGUCGAGGAGUAUGUGCGCGAGGAGAAGGUACUAAGGAAACGCUCUCAUGCAAAUGCGACUGGCUCUCCGAAGGGCAAGAAGCGUAAGCGGGAUGACGAUCUAUGA